GCGAUUUGAGAUACAGCCCUACUGAGAUUACGUGAACGUUAUUGCUGAUGGCGAUGUGAAGCCAAACAUGACUGCGUUUGCUUGCUCGCCGAAUUUUAGAGGCACUUUUCGGGAUUAUUGACACCACGACAAGUUUUUAGGAAGACAGCUACAUGAAGAUGGAGUGGUUUGUAAAUAGAGGAGCCGUGAAGUUGCCACCUGAGGAGAGCUGCUGCACGAGCGACAACCGAGAGCGCGUGCACGAGGUCAGUGCGGAGAGCAUGGCAUCUCUGUGUGAGAGGCAGCAGCGGUGUGUGAAGGCCUCCAUCGUGUCCAGUUGGCAGUUGGUGGAGGCUCAGGACCAGCUCUGUGGUCUGGAGCUGCAUGGUUCCGAGUCAGUAGAACAAGCCCGGGCUCAGGCGCUCGCCUCCUCCGCACAUCUCUCACAGUCCGAGGAAGAGUGGAGGAUGAAGGAGAGUAUGCUGGACUCCCGCUGGAGCCCUGUCCUCGGACAAGAGCCCGGAUACAGCGGCUUCGACAAAAGUAUCAUAAACAAUCCCACGCCCAGGGGGAUGGACACGGAUUACGACAAGAGCUUAACAUUCGUCCAGCGUCACGAGGAGGAGCUGAAGCAUUUUGGAAUGUUGAGGAGAUGGGACGACAGUCAGCGUUUUCUCGCCCAGAUGCCCCAGCUAAUCUGUGAGGAAACAGCGAACUACCUGAUCUUAUGGUGUUUCCGACUCUACGCUGAAGAGAAAGAAGCUCUGAUGGAGCAGGUCGCUCACCAGGCCGUAGCCAUGCAGUUUAUCUUGGAGAUGGCGCGCAGUGUGCAGCAGGACCCUCGUGCCUGCUUCCGCCAGUUCUUCCAGAAAGCCAAAGCUGGACAGGAGGGGUACUUGAACGUCUUCCACACUGAACUCGAGGCCUUUAAACACCGAGUGAAGGAGUAUGGAGUAAAACACAAAGUGGACACGCCCAAAGCCACGGAGCAGCCGUCUUCACUGGUCAGCUGCAGACUGGACCCUAAAGAAGUGCUCGAGUCUCUGCCUCCUGAACUGAAGGCAUGUGUCCAGUCACAGGACAUGCACAUACUCCAGAAUGUUCUCAGCACCAUGAACCCACAGGUGGCAGAGUAUCAUAUAAAGCGGUGUUUGGAGGCGGGGCUCUGCUCACAGCCUGGGCGGGGCUUUAAGGACGAGGACACGGAAACAGAGGAUCAAAGGAUGAUGAUGUCCUAACACACACACACACACACGCUGUCUCACUGGUGUUCAGGACGAUGAUGUUGAAAGUGUGUGAACAUCACAUGAAGAUCAGACGAGAGAACACAACCUUCAUCCUGGAGGAGAGAGGAGGAGGAGGAGCGAACGGCUCUCAUCAGACUUUUUGCUUGUUUGUCUGUUUGUUUUUGUUUUGGACCCACGUGUGAACGUGUGCUGCACUUUAUAUCUGAUUGAGACGACAGUAUAUAGGAAUAGAAUAAAGAUAGGACGAGGUAUUUUGUAUUUUGCGCACGUUUUGUUACGUUUUUGUUUUUGGGUUUCUCCCGUGACAUCGCGCCGUGACGAACACUGAUUUAUCUCUCACUGUUUUAUACACUUUUAUUUUGUUUUUCAUUUUUUUCUUUAUCCUUAAACCUUUAAUGGUUUCCCUUCUUUUCUUUUCUUAAUGACAAAAAUUAUACAAAAAAGUAAAGACGGAAAUCUUUUUUUUAAAAACAUCAGUCUCAAAAAAAAAUUUAUAAUGAAAAAAAUAUUUAUUUUCUUUCUUUUUUCAUUUUUCUUUUCAUUUUUCUCUUUUUCUUUUUUCAUUUUUUUAACAUAAAAUGUGAUAUUGUGGAAAUUAAAGAACAGUGUUUUUAAAAAUUAAAUAUAUCUAAAUUAUAAUUAUGUAAUUAUAUACAUUACAUGGUUAUAAUUAUAAAUUAUAAUUAAUAUUCACCAUCCAGUGCAUUUUAUGUUGAAAAACAAUGUCUUUAAAAAAAUCACUCUCAAAUAAUUUUAUUUUAAUUUUCGUAAACAUUGAAUGCACUACUGGGCGAUUUAUUUUUAUUUUUUGUAGUGCAAUGUUCACACUGCUGAAAUGUCAGAGUCUCAUCAUCAUCCAGUCCAAUCCAGUGGAGAUCAGAUAUCAUAUUGGAAUAAAAAACCCAGACCCGGGAGCUAAUCAUAGCCUGAACGCUGUCUCCAGUCCCGCGGUGUUAGCUUACAGUGUUUAAUAAGGCAAAAAAACAUGAUCCGUGGAGAUCACACACACACACACACACACACACUGAAUAAAGUCGCUCUAAACAGCCGUACAGCAUGAACACUUCCUCGCUAGUGUGCACUUCACAGUGUGUAGAGUUACUGAGACCUAUGCAACGUGUCAUGUGCGCUUCUCUCUGCUUUUCUCCUCAGUGUUAAACACCAGCCGUGUUCAGGAAUAAAAAGGUGUAAAGUCCA